AAAAGAGGAAACAGAUAAAUCUUUAUAUCCGACUAAGUCUUAGUGGCUAAUACUAAAAAAUCUGGAAAGGCUAGUGUCUCGCUGAAAGGAGAAGACGCUAUUGUUCAGACAUGCUGUCACAGACAGAGAACCAGACUUCCAGAAUGUUCCAGGGCCACUCCAGUGUGCCUGUUUCUCUUGUGAGGAGUGGCGUAAAUGAACAGUGGAAUUCUGGCCAAUGGUACUCAUCCUAUAGCUACCCCUCCACCUCCCAGAAUGGCACCUACCACCCUACACAACCUCCAUCCUGGAGCCAGCCCUACUCCAACUGGAAGGUUCAGAACCACCUGGAGACCUCCAAGUACCACCUCCACCAAGCUCAGGCCCAGCAGGUCAAACAGUACCUGACUUUAGGCACCAAGCUUCCUGGCCAGGCCCACCCACACCCAGGCCAGGCCCUGGGCACAAUGCCUGUCAUGCGCAACGGCCAUAUGACACCUGUCAGCGACAACAGCACACCUGGCAGUCCCGUCACCCUCUUCACCCUCGCCAACAGCCACGACACUGAGUUUCCAGUAGAUGAAGUUAUUGAUGAUCUCAUUGGAUUUGAAUCUGGGUUCAAUGAUGGGAGCUUGGAGUGUAUGGAGCCUAGCAUCAUAAUGCAAAAUAAUGUGGCCCUGAACAGCGGCAUGCUGGAAGUCUAUGGCGGUGACCAAGGUAUGACUGCCUCUCAUGGUGGACUGACACCCCCCUCAUGCCCCCCAAAGCUCUCUGUUAAAAUGGAAGUCACAGAACACGACACCAGAGUCUUAGCAAAAGAGAGACAGAAGAAAGACAAUCACAAUCUGAUUGAAAGAAGGCGGCGAUACAACAUCAACUACAGAAUCAAAGAGCUUGGAACUCUGAUACCGAAGUCCAACGACCCUGAUAUGCGCUGGAACAAAGGGACCAUCCUCAAGGCCUCGGUGGAGUACAUUAAGUGGCUGCAGAAAGAGCAGCAACAUGCGCGAGAGCUGGAGAGUCGCCAGAAAAAGCUGGAGCAGGCUAACAGGAGACUACUGCUCAGGAUUCAGGAGUUAGAGAUCCAAGCUCGUGCUCACGGUCUGCCCAGUAAUCUGGGAGCAGCGGAGAUCUCGUCUCACCUCCUCAAACAGCAGCAGCAACAGCAGCAGCAGCAGCAGCAGGCACUUCCAGCUCCUGCGGUUACUCCUGGAGCACAGACUUCUCUCUACCCACAGGAUGAGCUCAAUGGCCCCGAGUACCUGCAGAGGAACUCCCUGUCUGUGCUCCAUGCCGGAAAUGAAGGCAACAGCAGCUCCUCUGGUGAGCAUGCAGACGCCACUUCGACGACCUUCUCAGACCCGCUGUCACACUUCACGGACUUCUUUAGUGCCACUCUGAAGGAGGAGCAGCGGCUGGACGAGCUCCUCAUGGAGGAGGCGCUGUCUCCGUUCGGGACUGACCCACUGCUUUCAGCCACUUCGCCCAACGCGUCUAAGGGGAGCAGCCGCAGGAGCAGCUUUAGCACGGAUGACAACGACGACCUUUGACACCGUUCACAGUAUUCUUACACUUCUGGAUCUGACGUAUGUGACUGAUCUCCAGCUUUUCCUCUAGACACAGGGACACAUCUUCUAUGUGUCCUGGAAAUUCAGAAACUUAAAAAAGGGGGAGAUGAACUGAUAUUCUGAAACUACUGUACAGCCUUUACUAUAGAUGCUUAUAACACUGGUCACACACAUCAUUGGCCUAUUAAAACUAUAUGCUUCUGAAGUGUAACAUAAUGGCAUUGUUCAUAAGGAUCACUAAAGGAAAAAGUGAAGAGAAGAUGGAGAAGAGGAACUUUUUUCCCCCUCAUCUGCCAUGCCUUAUCUAAGACAGGGUUAGCUUCAUAAACGUAUAUAAGAGGAAGUGUUGUAAAUGUAAUUUAAUAAUAGCAAUAAAACUAACAUGUCUUAUUGUUUUAAAAAUAUUUUUAAAGGAAAAUAUCACUUUGUGUAUUUAUAUAUCCUAAUCCCUGUAUUGUUGUAAAAAAAUGUCUUAUACAAUCUAACACUUUCUAUUUUUUAUUUUUUAUUUUUUAGAUAUCUUUGGGGUGGGGAAAACACAUUAAACCCCUUUUUGAUAAAACCAA